GAGUAAUUUCAUUUUUCUCUUAUUAGAUCUCCCUUUUUUUUUCUGGAUCUCGUAAGAUCUUGAAAAAAUGUCAUCUUCCAAUUCUCCAUGCGCGGCGUGCAAGUUCCUUCGUCGGAAAUGCACCCAAGAAUGCGUCUUUGCACCGUAUUUCCCGCCGGACAACCCUCAGAAGUUCGCCAACGUUCAUAAGGUGUUCGGCGCCAGCAACGUGGCCAAGCUUUUGAACGAACUGAACACCGCCCAACGUGAUGAUGCCGUCAACUCGUUGGCCUACGAAGCCGAGGCUCGUCUCCGGGACCCCGUCUACGGCUGCGUCGGCCUCAUCUCGAUCCUCCAACAGAAGCUCAAACAAAUGCAACACGAUCUCAACAACGCCAAGAAAGAGUUGGCUACUUAUAUCGGCCCUCAAGCAACGCUUCCCAUAUUACAACCGCCGGUCUUCUUGCAACAUCUCGAAAACCCUUCUCCGUCUUCAUCUUCCUCGGCUGUUAUGCAUCACAACGUGAUGCGGAUGAUGGGGAUUCCCAUGGCUGCCGGAACAGCGGCGGCUUCGGGUCAUUUAGUGAUGAGAGAAACACAGCAGCAACAGGUGUUCAAGGCUCAGCAACAAUUGGCAGCGUUAAUAGCAGCAAGGGAACAACAAGAGAAGUUAUAUGAGCAACAACAUGAGAUUGUGAGGUUUAACAAUGGUUUUGAAGGUUGUGGUCCGGUUGCUGCAGCCGCCACCAUGUCCCCACCUUCAUUGGCUCUGGGAAGCUUUGAAAACCCUUACCAGAUUCAAGCAAAACAAGACCAUCACCAUUGUCAUGGAGGCUAUCACCACCAUCCACUUCAAGCACAGUUUUUACUUCAGUCACAACAAGACCAAGCACCGCAAAGAUCAGGCAGCGACGAUGAGGCAAGGAGCAUUGGGCCAGUUGAAUAA